AUGACGAGGACAUGGUCAAAUGCAGGCUCCAACACCCAGUACGGCAUCAUCCACCGGCACUUCUUCACCUCCGACCUCACCUUCACCAAGCUCGAUCCAAUACUACCUAGUCAGUUUAGUCCAACGGAUGGCCACUUGCCGAUGCUAGUAUCCCAAUUAGUCUACCAAAGGAUGAUUGAUCACUCAAUCACAAGCUUCUGUUGCAUUUCUAUUCCGCCCCCAACGCACCAAAGAUACACUGCCUCGGCUAUGCAGCCAUCAUAG